AAACUGCAGCCCUCCGAGGCAGUCGCAGCUAAUCCUCGGGAGAUUUACUCAACUCUCACUUCUCAUAAGAGGGUUUUAUUUGCAGCACCAAUGCCCAAGAAUUCUCCCCAAACGAGCUCUGGGUCUUCGGUUUAUCCCGUCGGCGGAGGAAGGCAAACCUAGUUACAGCAGCAGAGAGGAGCAGAGGGGAGAACGGUUCAUCUGGUAAGCGUUUUCAUCUAUUCUACCUCAGGUGUAACUGUAGCUUUAGUCCUCUUAUUGCUCGGUCGGUGUGACCUGCAGGGUGCACAGCGUGGGAGGAUGUUGGAAGGUGCUUUGCGAGAAAGCUCUGCAUGUUUGAUCUUAGAUGACUCAGAGAUCAUAGAGAAUGAAAACAAAAUGUUGUGUUAAUGUUCAUAUUACUGGUAUACUGUCUAAAUAUUUGUACAAAUUGUAUUUUGGUGCUUUGGCAACAUUGUUCUUGAAACUUUCAUGCCAAUAAAACCCCAUUUAGUAUUUGAAUAUAAAAAAAACCAUUUGAUUUGAACGUCACCUGUGUGUUAGUUAUCGUCCUUAACUAUUGACGCUGCUGAAUAUGAAAACUGGUUCAGUAUUUUAAAAAACAUUCAGACUUUCAUGGGUGCAGCAUUUCCAGUGACCUUCAGUGGGGAACGUUGUUUUCAGAUGUGGAUCUUUACGUCGUUACUUUGUGUUAAUAAUAGCUUUUCCUUUGCUCAAUGUUUUCCUCGAUACACUUUUCUCCACAGUCUCCCCCUCCAUGCCCCUGAGCUCUCUCACUUGCCUGCACUAAUCCCUUUGUUGUGGACUGAGGGGCCCAGGCUUUGGCUGACCGAUCGGCACUGUAAGGGGCUGGUUCAGCUGAAAGGAGCCCAUCGAGCCCUCCUGUCCUCCACCAAAUCAGGCGGGCCUAUUAUUAACGCCUCUCACAGCUCUUCUUCUCUGGAAGCUUUCAGAUCCCUCCUCUCGUUCACCUUGAUUCAAAUUUCUCUCUCAAGUCACUUGUUUGUGUUCAUCAUCUCAAGUCCUGAGCCAGUCUUGGGAGCUUAAGGGAGUCGGACAGCCCCGGUAGGAACAUGCACUUCAGGGGCAGUGCUCCCACUUUGCUGCUGCUGCUUCUUUGUCAGCUGGAGGUAAGAGGUCAGGAGCUGGGGUACCUGCAGGAGGCUCUCAGGGCCUUGGAUCUGCCCCCGGGUACCGACGAGAAGCCACAGCUCCAAAAGAACCACACGGGUAUCCUGAUCACCAAGCUCCUCCAGGAUGUGCACUGUGCAGAGCGGACUGGCACCUCUCAGGAUGUCUGUGGCAAGUGCCUGACACCAGACGUAGCUCUCUCUGUGCUAGAGGAUGAUGGGAAGGCAUACCUCACUGAGGGGGACUACCACCGGAUCUCCACUGUUCUGCUGUACUACAUAAUUAACUUGCAAGACCUGUGUGUGUCAAAUGCCGCCUCCCUUUCCUCGUCCUUGGCCUCCUCCUCAUUUGGGAACUAUCAGUUCUACCUUUUGGCCCUGACCAAUCUGCACCCGGCUGAGGACAAGCUGUUCCUGUCAUCCAGAGAAACAGAAAGUAUUCUGCAGCUCAUCAACCAGCACUACGACUCCUCCAAUCAAGACGCCUUAUCUGAUUUGCAAUGUAUUGAUGCCGCUCACCUCCUUGAGGAGGUUAACGUACAAGAAAAUCCAGGUGCUGGUGUUUCCUCUGUGCCCAAACUGGCUGCUGCCAUCAUCAGCCAUAUCCUGCAGGGCCACUGUUUCAGACGAAGGAACCUCCCGUCUCCGGCUUUCUUUACCGACUACAUCUUUCAAUCCCUAAAUUGCACAAGUGACCUGCAGACAAUAGAUUUAGAGGAGUUGCUUCAUCAGCUGGGAGUAGGACGGGAAGCAGCGUCACACUCUCACAACAGGAAGAGGCGGAGUUCACAGAAAGGGGCCGGGCCUCCGCCGGAUGGUUGCAACAAUGAAACUGGUGGAAUAAGCAGGGACUGGGCACAGGUCUGUUAUUCAGCCAAUCAGCUGUUGGAUAUUUUUGCUCUGAAUCCUCAUUUGCCAAUUUCCAAGGAGCACUUCAGACAAAUGUGCCCUGCCAUCAUUCAGCAGUUGCUAGGCAAUGCCUGCGAGUCUGCAGAGCAGAAAGGAAGAGGAUCUCUGCCCACUGCUCUUGAGAAGUACGGCUACAGCACGGCGGCCGUCCUGCUCAUCACGGUGGGCUCCAUGCUCGGUAUCUGCCUGAUCUUCUUCAACUCCUGCCAGGAAACCUACACACUCAUCCUGCAGCUGUUUGUGGGCUUGGCAGUGGGAACCCUCUCAGGAGAUGCACUCCUGCACCUCAUACCGCAGAUCCUUGGCCUCCACGAUGACACUCACAGUCACGAUGACGAACACUUUGCGGACGAUAAAGAGUAUCUGUGGAGGAUUCUGGGCAUAAUCGCAGGGAUCUACGGCUUUUUCCUCAUUGAAAGAAUCUUAUCCUUCUUCCUUCCUUCUCAUGGCCAUAGUCAUGGUGACCUUCCCUUAGAGCUCAACUGCAAUGGCCAGUCACAGAGGGGCAAGUCCAUCUCCACCAUACAGCUGGGACCAGUGGAUGACUUGGAGUGUAUAGAAGCGUCUCCUGAACACGUUGACACUAGGAGACCUUCACGUCAGAGUAAGGUCCUUCAACUACAAGGCGUUCCUCUGCUGGCCAUGAUGGUAAUCGUGGGAGACAGCCUUCAUAACUUUGCCGACGGCCUGGUAGUCGGGGCGGCCUUCUCUUCCUCGGCCGAGACCGGCAUGGCGACCACCGUGGCCAUCCUGUGCCACGAGAUCCCGCACGAGAUGGGGGACUUUGCAGUGUUGUUGAGCUCUGGACUCUCCGUGAAGACUGCUAUGCUGAUGAACUUUCUCAGCGCUCUGACGGCCUUCAUGGGACUCUACAUCGGACUGUUUGUUUCCUCAGACAUGGAAGUGCAGCGGUGGAUCUUCGCCGUUACUGCUGGGAUUUUCCUCUAUUUGUCACUGGUCGAAAUGCUUCCAGAGAUGAGUCGGGUGAAGACCGACAGACCGUGCCUCAUGUUUCUCUUGCAGAACCUCGGCCUGUUGAUGGGUUGGGCCUGUCUUCUGCUCCUCGCGCUCUUUGAACAUGAACUCAAAUUCUAAAUGCCAUUUUACGUGAGUCGUGACGCAAAUGUCUUCGCAGAGGGUUGAGUCAAAACAAAUGUUGACUCGUGUGCGCAACCGGGAUGUUAUAACAAGUCAUUAUUGGUCAACGAGUGAGUAUUUCAUGAUGUUGUAUUCUCAGCACUGGAUGGUAAAUGUACGUUAGCUGUAUGAAUCCUCUCUUUUUUUUAUACUUGAUGAUUUAUUUUUGUAUGUUAGGUAUCUGGACACUAAAUCGUUUAAACUCUAAUAAUGACCAUAUUUGGCAGAUUCAGGUACAAUUGUGCACAUCUGUUGUUCUGUCAAACACGUACGUUGCCUCAGAGAAUCAAAUCAAAGUCAUUCCUCACAAGCAAAAUAUAAAGUAUUGUAAAUGUAUUUGUUUUGGUUUGCAUGUAUUUGACAUCAGUGUCUUCAUACGAAUUGGGAAAAGUCUAGUUAAAAAGACAUCGAGUCCAUGACCAGGAUUUUGUGCAGUGUCUCAGGAUAUAUAAUGAACGCUUUAUUUUACAGGCUCAUCAUUUCUGCAUAAUUUCCGAGUAUAUUUGCCAAGAGGUUUCUUGAAAGAACUGUGAAACUUUGACUAAUAAUAAGGAAAAUGGAGACAAGUGUUAAUCAAUAAAUUCUGAUUAAAUCGA